CUGUGAGCAUCAUGUCCGUUUGUAGGAGCAGCGCAGCGGUUAUGAUUAUUAAUAAGUUCGCGUUAUUAACACUCUUAAAACAUCUGUUUCAUAUACAGAAAGUUUAGUGAUAGUUACGCGUCCAACAUGUUUCUCUUCAAUCCUAGUAAGGAGCUAGUUAGACUAGUUUAGCUGAGAUUACACGCGGAGGAACUGUGAUGAUUUACACCGUGUUUGUCUGAAGCGUGUUUGUCCUGGACUCCGUCAUGGCAUCUAUAGUCAAUGACACGGCUGAAGCUCUGGAUCUGUGUCCGGAGUAUCACCUCUACCUUAAGCCCAUCGCCAAAAUGACCAUCAGUGUGGCCCUUCCUCACCUGAAGCUGCCCGGUAAAUCCAUCUCUAACUGGGAGGUGAUGGAGCGGCUGAAGUCCAUGGUGCAGCCGGAGCAGUUCUCCUCGCUCCGCAUCUCCAAGAGCACCAUGGACUUCAUCCGCUUUGAGGGCGAGGUGGAGAACAGGAGUGUGGUCAAACGCAUCCUGAGCAAACUGGAAGGGAAGAGCAUCAAACUGAGCGGAUUCACCGACAUCCUGAAGGUACGGACAGCUGAAAAUAAAGUAGACUUCCCGACACGCCACGACUGGGACUCGUUCUUCAGAGAUGCCAAAGACAUGAACGAGACAGUUCCUGGAGAACGCCCAGACACCGUUCAUCUGGAGGGGCUUCCCUGCAAGUGGUUCGCGCAGAAGGACGCUUCUCCUGACAGACCUUCAGAGGCCGUCCUGAAAACGGUUUUUGAGCAGUUCGGCAAGAUCCGGAAUGUGGACAUUCCCAUGUUGGAUCCGUACCGCGAAGAGAUGACGGGGAAGAACUUCAACACCUUCUCGUUCGGAGGACAUUUGAACUUUGAAGGCUACGUGCAGUAUCAGGAUCACACGGGCUUCGUCAAAGCCAUGGACUCGCUGAGAGGAAUGAAGCUGAUGUUUAAAGGGGAUGACGGGAAAGCCGUAGCCUGCAAUAUUAAGGUGACGUUUGACACGACUAAACACCUGAGUGAAUCUUCACUAAAGAAACGACAGCAGGAGCGACUGAAGCUUCAGGAGCUCGAGAGACAGAGAGAAGAGCACAAACGACGAGAGAAGGAGGAAGAGGAAAGACGCAAAGAGGAAGAGAGAAAACAUCGUGAGCAGGAGGAAGAGGAGAAAGAGAGGAGACGUGAGGAGAAACUGCGUAAACGUGAGCAGAAGCUGAAGGAGAGAGAGGAGAAGAAGAACAUGAAGAAGAUGAAGAAACAUCAGGAGGAAGAGCAGAAGAAGCUUCACCUGAAGAUCGCCAUGGAGGAGAGGAAACUUCUGCUGGCCCAGAGGAACCUGGAGUCCAUCAGGCUCAUCGCAGAGUUACUGAGCAAAGCAAAGACUCUGAAGCAGCAGCAGAUGGAGCGGCAGAAGGUGGAGCUGGCACGACUGCAGCAGCUGGAGGAGCUCAGACAUCUGCAGGAGGAGGAGCUGAGGCGAGUUGAGGGCGAGAAGGCGCGUGCUCUCGAACUGCAGCGGAAAGAGCGCGAGCUGCGCGACAGACUGCUGGGAAACCUGCUGAGGAAAAGCACAGACACGGACCCACAGGACACGAAGACCCACGAGAACAUCGGUAGUGAUGUUGAUCUCCAGAUCAGUGAUGCACAAAUGCACGUGAACGGAGUGACACUCAAAGUCGACGCAAUAAAGACGGGAAACCACGACAACAAGCCAAAGAAACAGGAGAAACAGGAGGUCAAAGGUGACGAGCAGGACAGGGCGCAGAAGGACAAGCGCAGCAAGCAUGAGCGCCGCCGAAACAGCGGAAGGCGGAGCCAUGAGCGCAGAAGUCGCAGGAAGAGUCGCAGUCGCAGCAGAGACCGUCAAAGGCGCAGCCGCCAGCGCAGCAGUAGUUGCAGGAGGAGCAGCAGCCGAACACGACGUGCUCAUGGUAAGCGUAACCGAGCGAGUCCUGAGCGCCGCAGGAAGUACAGUCACAGCCAGAGCAGCAGCAAAAGUCGCAGCAGUCGCAGCAAGAGUCGGUCGUCAAGUCGAGAUCGUCGACAUCUCUCUUACCAGCGCUCCAGACGAUACUGAGAGAGCGGGGAGCGUGUUGAAUUGUAGUGGAGAAGAAAACACUACACGCUUGAGAUUGAAUCUCUUGAACGCCUUACUCCAGAAUCAAAGGAAGUAAAUAAUUAUAUUUUGCUUAAAGAAAAUGUUUAGGCCCUAUUUUUAGGACCGUUAAGAUUUUUUUGCACUGUGGCAUUAUUUUCAUGACAUUAAAACACAAUUCAAGCAAGGCUUCCCCCAAAUUCUCAUUAAUGCGUUCGGAUAUUUCAUUAUUUUUUUUGUUGUAAUUUGCAUUAUUCUCAAUGAUGAUUCUCAGUACUUAUAUGCAGUCAAUUUUGUUUUACUGUUUUUAAAGUAAUAAUUGUACAGCAAAUUAAUAAAAUAUGGUAUUUAUUUAAAUUGGCAUUUCCAAACUAAAUUUUUUUUUAAAUUUUUUUUUUAUGAUUAUUUUCAUUACUGAUAUACAGUAAUUAUUUUUAAUGUUUUAUAUUAAUAAUUUUACAGUAAAAUUAAUUUAGUACUUUAUUUUAUUAUUUAAAUUUAUUAUUAUUUUCAAUGAUUAUUCUCAUUACUGAUAUACAGUAAUUUUUGUAUGUUUUAUAUUAAUAAUUUUACAGUACAAUUCAAUUCAAAAGUACUUUAUUUUAUUAUUUAAAUAAUAUUUUUUUUAUUUUAUAAAUCAGCACAAAUUAAAAGUAGUACAUUUUGGUAAUGAAAAUUUCCAACCAACAUUGUAUAACAUUAAUUUGACUGUAAAAUUACUAAUAAAAGUAGUACAAAAAAAUAUAUUGUAUAUCAGUGAAGAGAAUCAUCAUUGAGAAUAAUUAAAUAAUAAAAAAAUAAAAAAGUAAUGAGAAUUUGAAGGAAAAAUGUGCUUUAUUGUUGUGAAAAUAAGGUUGCAAUGCAAAACAUUUCAGUGGUCAUAAAAUAGGCUUCAGUUUCUUUAAUCAAAAAAUGUAUAAUUAUUUCUUUCAUUAUAUUUAAGGGGUGAAAAAAAGGCUCGAGUGAGAUUAGAGAAUUAGAGUUAGCCGCUACAGUAUCACAGCUAUUAUGUGUACCUUAUUUGACUGUAUUUAGGAUUAGGAUUUAAACUGGAAGAGCGAUCAGACGGUUGAAGAUCUCCACAGGUGUUUUCUCUCGCUGCUCACAUUCACUUCAUUAUAGUGAGUCCCAGUUCACUUUGAUAAGAACACAAUCGUGAUUUUCUUUCGUUUGCCUUUUGAGGACUCUUUUAACCUUUAUUUCACUUGUUAAAAUCACAUGAUGUGGCAUGAGCAGGGUCAUAAUCAAAAAGACUAAAGCUUUUUUUAUUGUUUGUACUGUUGUAGUCUUUGCUAAAGCUUUUCCUUAAGUUGUUUCAUAAUUAUUAUACUCAAUAGACUACAAAUCUCUGUUAUUACUUGAAUUUUAAUUUGACAUUCAUUUAGAAAAUGCAUUGAGAUGUGUUCCGUUUAUUUCAAGUAGUUCAAAGUCGGCGCUGUUUUGUUGUAAGAACUUUGAUGGCUUGCCUUCAUUUUUUAAUGAUGAAUGCAACUUUGUUUUCCUCUGCACAAGCAUCAUACUUCAAUUUAAACUACAGUGUUCGAGUCGUUACAUUCGCUGUUUAAUGGGGGAACAGCUACAGUGCUAUGGAUCCCAAUAGAUAUCUUCAUUCAAUUUACCUUAAACCGUAAACUUUAAAUGUAUGCUGUUUUUUCUUCUUUUGUGUAUAAAAUAGCAUCUUCAAAACUGUUUCCUAUGCUUUAUUUUGCUUCAAUAAAUAGUUAAAUUAAAAUUAAUACAUUAAAAAAAAAAAUUCCACCAAGUAAUAAUAUUCAUUAGCCUAACUUGGCACAUUAAAGUCUGCUGCAUUCGCAAUAUAUUUUACUUAAUCUGAUGUAUUUCUGUGUGAAACAGUAUAGUUAACCCUUUAAGCUCUGAAGGUGUCUUUAAAGAUUUCCUGUUUUAGUGGCAUCCCAAAAUUAAACAAAAAAACAAGGAGGGUCAAGUGUUUGGUAUCAGUGUAAACAAACAUUUUCUAAUGUUUUAUUCAUAUAGAUUAUGAUACAUUCUGAGACUCUCAGCCUAAAAUGCUGAAAAAUCACCAAAAAAAAAAAUAGCAAAAAAUUUACUGUUUUUUUUUAUUUUUCUAAUUUGACAUGAUAUAUCUCUGGGUGUAAAUAAGGUAGCUCCAAAAAACAUCUUUUGUUUUGUUCCCAGUCAUGUCAACUGUAUCUGAGAAAAAUUGUGUGAUGAUACAACAAAGCAAUCAAAAGUUAUAGCAUUACAAAAAUAAGAAUAAGAAUGAGUUUCA